AUGUUUACCCCGCUCGCGUUCUGCCUCUUCCUGGUGGCUGGCGAGUUGCUGCUGAGGCGAGGAGUGCUCCCGAUCGUCAGGUGGAUGCAGGUGCCCGUCACGGCCGCCGCCGAGUCUCUCCGCGGUCGCGGGCUGGUCGCCUUCGGGGGCCUCGUGGGCACGCUGCGCUCGGGCAUGCGGGAGAUGGACGAGAGGCCCGCCGGCGAGGAGCGGCUGGCGCCGCAGCCGGCGAAGGACAGCGGUGGUGGCCCGCCGGCCGCGGACAGUUCGUCGAUGCGGCGCAGCUCCAGCUUGGGCGACACCGGUGGAGUCGGCGGCGACACCGACGAGGCGGCCGAGGAGGCGGCGGGCGCCCAGGAGGCAGGCGCUGCGGCCCACGGCGGCGCCACGGGGGGGCCCUGCUCGCCGGCGGCCGGCGACACCGCGGAGCCCGGCGAGGACGCCAAGGACGGUCAACGACGACCUGUGACGGCCUCCUGGAUGGUGCUGCUGCUCCUGGGUCCUCGUGCGCGUUGCUGUUCUCACUGCUCAGGAUGA